AUGAAGCUUUUAGUGCUCUUUUUAUCAACCUUCUUCAUCAUAAAAUCUGUUUCCUGUCAAGUUGUCAAAUUUGAUUACUCCAAGAAAACUCAAGAUUCUAAUUCACACACAGCCUCAAGUCCAUUAAUCAAUAAAUUGAGGAAAAGACAAGAUACUUAUCAAGCUAUAGGGUUCACAGAUGAUACAGUAGCAUAUUAUGUUAAUUUAACAGUGGGUUCUCAAGGGAAAGAGAUAUUGGCGGUACUGGAUACUGGAUCUUCAGAUCUAUGGUUCCCUGGACCUGAUAACACCGAAUGCACCAAUGGGAAACCUAAUGGACCAAGAUUCGUUGAUGCUCCAGAGUUAACAUCUUCUGAAACUAAUCCAAAAGAAUCAGCAUUAGCUGAAUUAGCAAAAGAUAUACAAAAUUAUUGUUCACCUUCAAAUGUAUUCAAUUAUCAUAAUUCCAAAACUUGGCAUUCAAAUGAUACUUUAUUCAAAAUUAGUUAUUUAGAUGGUUCAAUAUCAACAGGAUUAUGGGGAACUGAUAACAUUCAAGUUGGUGGUAUUGAAAUUCCAAAUUUUUCAUUUGCAGUGACAAAUAGCAGUAAUGCAUCAGCAAUAUUUGGAAUUAGUUUUGAUAAAAGUGAAACAACUUACAUAAUGAAUUCCAAACCUCCAUAUACAUACUCAAAUUUCCCAAUGAGAUUAAAACAAGAUGGUCAUAUAUCUAAGAUUACAUAUUCAUUAAGUUCUGGUAAACCUGGUGAUUUCGAAGGCACUUUAUUAGUCGGUGGUGUUGAUCAUGCCAAAUAUUCAGGUGGGUUAGUCACAGUUCCGAUCCUAUCAGAUCAAACAACAGCUGUCACAUUAUCAAGUUUAGGUUUAAAGACAAAUGGCUCCAAUAUUGAAACAAUAUCUUCAACUUUUUAUAAAACCUUAUUGGAUUCUGGUACAACAACUGCGAAUUUCCCCCAUCAGUUAUUAGAUCCUUUAGCUAGAAAAUUAGGAUCAACUUUGACAACAGUUAAACAUAAUAGUUAUGAAUAUUAUGACGUUGAUUGUUCAUACCUUGGUGACAAAAAUUAUACCUUUGAGUUGGAUUUUUCAGGAAAAAUCAUCAGUGUUCCAUUAUCAAAUGCAGUUCAAAAACAACCAUCAAAUGAUGUAUGCUUUUUGAAAAUUGUUUCAUUAACAGAUGAUAUAAUUAUUUUAGGUGACAUUUUUUUAAGCUCUGCAUACAUUGUUUACGACUUGGAAGAUCAAGAAAUAUCAAUUGCACAAGCUAACCAUAGCUCUGAAGAAGACAUUGAACCAAUAGUAACAUCAGUCCCAUCAGCUACAAAAGCUACAGCAUAUUCAUCCACAUUCUCAAAAAGGUUACCUGAAACGACUACAUAUGAUGUAUUCUCUACAGUACUGAUAUAA